GUGUGUGUGUGUGUGUCUCCCAUGUGGGAUGCUUCCCUCCCAAAGCACAACAAUAUAAAAGCUUUAGCCGAGGCUUUGGCCAGCCGUGCUUUGAACAGCCUCCGUCCCUGUUCCUUUCUCUAUCUCUCCAACUCCCCGUCCACCCAUCCAUCCAUCCAGGGAGCUCACAUCGGGAGGAUUCAGAAAUCUCCAUCGGCACCAAAUCCAGCAGCAGCCCCAGCAGCAACACCAGCACCACAACCAGCAGCAGCACCAUGGCCCCAAAGAAGGUGGAACCACCCAAGAAGCCGGAGCCCAAAAAGCCCGAACCCAAGAAGGACGCUCCUGCCGCUGCCAAACCGGCCGCCGCUGCCCCCGCUGCCCCAGAGCCAGAGAAGCCCAAGGAGCCGGACUUCGACCCCAAGAGCAUCACGCUGAGCUUCACAGCCGACCAGAUCGAGGAGUUCAAGGAGGCCUUCCAGCUGUUUGACCGCACGCCCGGCGGCGAGAUGAAGAUCACCUUCGCGCAGUGCGGCGACGUGAUGCGCGCCUUGGGUCAGAACCCGACCAACGCCGACGUGCUGAAGGUCCUGGGCAAGCCCAGGCCGGAGGAGAUGAGCAGCAAGAUGGUGGACUUUGAGACCUUUCUGCCCAUGCUGCAGCACAUCUCCCGCUCGAAGGACCAGGGCAACUUCGAGGACUUUGUGGAGGGGCUGCGCGUCUUCGACAAGGAGGGCAACGGCACCAUCAUGGGCGCCGAGCUGCGGCACGUGCUGGCCACCCUCGGGGAGAGGAUGACCGAGGACGAGGUGGACCGGCUGAUGUCCGGUCAGGAGGACGCCAACGGCUGCAUCAACUACGCUUCGUUCGUCAAGCACAUCCUAUCAGGGUGAGAUGACUUGAGACUUGCGCACAAAAACAAGACAAAACCAAAAAAAUGGACAAAACUGAAUUGUGGGUUUUGAAUUAAUCUGAUGUCACUUUGUAACUGGACACAGUUUUUUUUGUUGGUGAAAUGGGAGAGCAUGCCCUCCAUGUGCAUGUGAUGCUGCACAAAUUGUAAUAAAUAAGAUGAUCAGCUGUGAAA